AUGGCGCGUGGAGACGGUCAAGAUCUCGACAUCACUGUCCCCGUCGAGGACCCAAAGAAGACAGAUCAGCAAAAGGCAAAGGAAAAGCAGCGUGAAGAAGCCGCUCGCAAAGGUCUCCCCGGCGACAAGAAGCUCAACGGCAAGGACAAACCCGAAGAUGAGCUCAGCGAGGACGAUCUACAGCUCAAGAACGAGCUCGAGAUGCUCGUGGAGCGCCUCAAAGAGGACGACUCCUCCCUCUAUCGUCCAGCGCUCGAAUCUCUCCGAACCCUCAUCCGCACCAGCACAUCCUCCAUGACCUCGGUCCCCAAGCCACUCAAAUUCCUCCGUCCCCACUACCCCGAGCUCAAGUCCCUCUAUGAAUCAUGGAAGCAGGCGAGCUCCGAUAAGAGCCUCUUUGCAGAGAUCCUCUCCGUGCUCGCCAUGACCUACUCGGACAAUGGUCAGCGCGAGACGCUCCACUUCCGUCUUCAGGCCAACCACGUCGCAUCCGACUGCAAAUCGGAAGAUCCAGGUCUGUGGGGUCACGAAUACAUGCGCCAUCUCGCCGCAGAGCUCGGCGAAGAAUACGCCGCUCGUUCCCAAGAGGACAAGAACACAGACGAGCUCCUCGAGCUCGCCCUCCAAGUUGUUCCUUUCAGUCUCACCCACAACGCCGAGGCGGACGCCGUCGAUCUCUUGCUUGAGCUCGAGGCGAUCGACAAGUUGCCUCAAUUCGUCGACAAGGAUACAUACGCACGUGUCUGCCUUUACAUGGUCAGCUGUGUCAACCUCCUCGUGCCACCCGAUGAUGCCAUGUUUCUCCGCAACGCUCACGAGAUCUACCGCAAGCACGAUCGAUUCGCUGAAGCAAUGACCCUGGCCCUGCGUCUCGGAGACAAGGAUCUCGUUCGUUCCGACUUCGAGGCGCCCAAGAAUCCGACCAUGCGCAAGCAGCUCGCUUACAUGCUCGCCAGGCAACACAUCCCCAUCGAGUGGCUUCAAGACGAAGACUCCCCCAUCACCGACAAUGAACUGCUUGACAUCCUCUACAACUCACAUCUCUCCCGUCACUUUGUCAACUUUGGCAAGGAGCUCAACGUACUCGAGCCAAAGAGCCUCGAAGACAUCUACAAGACGCACCUCGAAAACUCGCGCACAGGUCUCGGUGGCUCCGUCGACUCGGCUCGUGGCAACCUCGCCAGCACCUUUGUCAACGCCUUUGUCAACGCAGGUUUCGGCAACGACAAGCUCAUGGUGGACGCUCCCGAAGGCAACUCGUGGAUCUACAAGAACAAGGACAGCGGCAUGCUUUCCGCCGCUGCUUCGCUCGGCAUGAGUCUGCUCUGGAACACAGAGACCGGUCUCGACCAGAUCGACAAGUACUCUUACUCGUCCGAAGAGGCCAUCAAGGCCGGUGCUUUCCUCGCUUACGGCAUCGUACACUCUGGGCUCCGUUCCGAGCUCGACGAGGCCAUGGCGCUGCUUUCCGAGCACAUCGAGUCCAAGAGCAUCCCACUCAAGAUCUCCGCCACCGUCGGUCUCGGACUCGCCUACGCCGGCUUUUGCCGCGAGGACAUUGCCGCGCUCUUGCUACCCAACAUCCAGGACGAGACGACACCCAUGGAGGUCGCUGCCAUGUCGGCGCUCUCGCUCGGUUUCGUGUUUGCCGGCAGCUGCCACGGAGAGAUCACGCCGACGAUUUUGCAGAGCAUGAUGGAGCGAGAUCCUGCUCAGCUCGACGACAAGUGGGCGAGGUUCAUGAUCUUGGGCCUUGCACUGCUCUUCCUCGGCAAACAGGACGAGAGCGAUGCCACCAUCGAGACGCUCAAGGCCAUCGAGCAUCCCAUCAGCAAGCAGGCCCAGGUGCUCGUUGACAUGUGUUCCUACGCAGGUACUGGCAACGUACUCAAGGUUCAGAACAUGCUUCACUAUUGCACAGAGCGCUCUGCGCCCGAGACGAGCCCAGAGACCGAGGGUGAGAAUGCAAAUGCCGAGUCGGAAAACGCAGAGUCGUCCCAAGACAAGGACGAAAAGGACGAAAAGGAUGAAAAGGAGACCAACGACCUCUUCCAGGCCUUUGCUGUCAUCGGUAUCGCCCUGGUCACCAUGGGCGAGGAGGUGGGUGCCGAGAUGGCGACGCGUCAUCUCUCGCAUCUCAUGCACUACGGUGAAGCCACGACUCGACGCGCAGUACCGCUGGCUCUGGCACUCUUGCAUCCUUCCAACCCAUCCAUGCCUGUAUUGGAUACGCUCUCCAAGUACUCGCACGACUCGGACCUCGACGUCGCCAUCAACGCCAUCCUCGCCAUGGGUCUCGUUGGUGCUGGAUCCAACAAUGCGCGUCUUGCACAGAUGCUCAGACAGCUCGCUGGGUACUACUACAAGGAGCCGGACUGUCUGUUCAUGGUUCGCGUCUCGCAAGGUCUCGUGCACAUGGGCAAAGGAACGCUUGGAAUCAACCCGUAUCACACUGAUCGACAGCUCAUGUCGCGCAAUGCGGUAGCAGGUAUUCUGGCUCUGUUGACCUCCAUGACCGAUGCACGUGGUUUCGUGUUGGAUCAGUCGCACUGGAUGCUGUACUUCCUCAGCUCGGCUAUGUACCCGAGAUUCUUGAUCACGCUGGACGAGAAUGGCGAGGAGUUGCCGACGAGCGUCAGGGUGGGUAAGGCGGUAGAUGUGGUGGGUCAGGCGGGUAAACCCAGGACGAUCAGUGGCUUCCAAACCCACACCACGCCGGUCAGAGUGGGUACGUACGAGAGGGCCGAGCUCGGUACAGAGGAGUACCUCAGCUAUGCGCCUGUGCUGGAAGGGUUUAGCAUCUUGCUCAAGAACCCGGGUUAUGUCAAGGAGGAGGAUUUGUAG